AUGCACGGGAAUCAAUCCGCGGAUUUUAGCGAGAACGGGGAAGAAGAGAUUAUCAGACAGUUAUGUGCAAAUGGGAUUUGCAUGAAAACAACUGAAGUUGAAGCAAAGCUUGAUGAAGGAAAUAUCCAAGAAGCUGAAUCUUCUUUGAGAGAAGGAUUAUCUCUCAAUUUCGAGGAAGCAAGAGCACUUCUUGGAAAAUUGGAAUACCAAAGAGGGAAUUUAGAAGGCGCACUUCGUGUCUUUGAAGGUAUUGAUCUUCAAGCAGCGAUCCAACGGUUACAAGUUCCUGUGCCGCCAGAGAAACCGGCUACUAAGAAAAACCGUCCCCGUGAACCGCAGCAAUCUGUUUCCCAGCAUGCUGCUAGCUUGGUGCUUGAAGCUAUCUACUUGAAAGCCAAAUCCCUCCAAAUACUUGGGAGAAUAACCGAGGCUGCGCGCGAAUGCAAAAGCGUUCUUGAUUCUGUUGAGAAAAUAUUCCAGCAAGGGAUACCGGAUGCUCAAGUGGAUAGCAAACUUCAGGAAACCGUUAGCCAUGCCGUGGAAUUACUUCCGGCGCUAUGGAAAGAAUCUGGUGAUUAUCAAGAAGCAAUAUCCGCUUAUAGACGUGCGCUCUUAAGCCAAUGGAAUCUCGAUAAUGACUCUUGUGCAAGGAUUCAGAAAGAUUUUGCAGUCUUUCUUCUACAUUCUGGAGUCGAAGCGAGUCCACCGAGUUUAGGUUCUCAAAUCGAGGGCUCGUACAUACCUAGAAACAACUUAGAAGAAGCCAUUCUUCUUCUGUUGAUUCUUUUAAAGAAAUUCAACCUCGGUAAAGCAAAAUGGGAUCCGUCUGUGAUUGAACACCUUACAUUUGCGUUAUCUUUAUGUAGUCAGACUUCGGUUCUCGCUAAGCAGCUCGAAGAAGUAAUGCCUGGUGUGUUUAGCCGUGUUGAGCGUUGGAACAAUUUGGCUCUUUCUUAUAGUGCAGCGGGUCAAAGCAGUGCUGCAGUUAACCUUCUUAGAAAGUCUCUGCAUAAACACGAACAACCCGAUGAUCUUGUGGCACUUUUGUUAGCUGCUAAGCUUUGCAGUGAAGAGCCUAGUUUAGCUGCAGAUGGUGCAGGUUACGCGCACAGAGCUAUAAAUAAUGCUCAAGGGAUGGAUGAGCAUUUGAAAGGCGUUGGUUUGAGGAUGUUAGGACUUUGUUUAGGGAAACAAGCAAAACUUCCCACAUCGGAUUUCGAAAGAUCUCGGCUUCAAUCAGAAUCAUUGAAAGCAUUAGAUGGAGCUAUAGCUUUUGAGCACAACAAUCCUGAUUUGAUCUUUGAGUUAGGUGUUCAAUACGCUGAGCAACGGAACUUAAAGGCUGCAUCCCGUUACGCCAAAGAGUUCAUCGAUGCAACUGGAGGGUCGGUGUUAAAAGGCUGGAGAUUUCUCUCGCUUGUUUUGUCGGCUCAACAACGGUUUUCAGAAGCUGAGGUUGUGAUCGAUGCUGCUUUAGAUGAAACCGCAAAGUGGGAUCAAGGACCUCUUUUGAGAAUUAAAGCAAAGCUGAAAAUCUCUCAGUCAAAUCCAACAGAAGCCGUUGAGACUUACCGUUACCUUCUUGCGUUGGUUCAAGCGCAAAGGAAAUCUUUCGGACCGCUCAGAACUCUUUCUCAGAUGGAGGAAGACAAAGUGAAUGAGUUUGAAGUGUGGCAUGGUUUAGCUUAUCUUUACUCAAGCCUUGCGCAUUGGAACGACGUAGAAGUCUGUCUAAAAAAAGCCGGCGAACUGAAACAAUACUCUGCUUCAAUGCUGCAUACAGAAGGUCGAAUGUGGGAAGGACGAAAAGAGUUUAAAGCCGCUUUAGCGGCUUUCUUGGACGGUUUAUUACUAGAAGAAUCAUCGGUUCCUUGCAAAGUAGCGGUCGGAGCAUUGUUGUCCGAAAGAGGGAAAGAUCAUCAGCCAACACUUCCUGUAGCAAGAAGCUUGCUUUCUGAUGCAUUGAGGAUCGAUCCGACAAACCGAAAAGCUUGGUAUUACUUAGGAAUGGUUCAUAAGCACGAUGGACGUAUAGCUGAUGCUACUGACUGUUUCCAAGCUGCUUCCAUGCUUGAAGAAUCUGAUCCUAUCGAAAGCUUCUCAACCAUUCUUUAA